ACAAUUUUGUAGGCGUUUUUUGCAUGAAUCAUGAUCUGAGUGUGUACCCAGUGAACCGGAACUUCAAAACACGGGAAUGUUAUGGGAUGUUAUCCUCCUUUUCAGAUCACAUUGCUGAUGAACUCAAACUUCAACAUACUGUAAAGGUAUUAAAGUCAAAGAUAAACAAACCCAGGCCAUACCUCGUCAAGUGAAAUCUUCGAGUGAUGAAGGGACCGAAGAAGCGACUGCGGUGAUGUCUACGUUGUGCCCUGAUGCUCUUAAUGAUACCACCAAGGAAACUAGAUACCAUGAGCAUUAUGGAUUGUUGUGGAAGUUAAAAGCCACUGUAGAAAGUCUGCUUGCUGCCAAUGCCUCCAAUGUUUGGUCGAUGUAUGGUGGUCUCAAUCGACUGGCCAACCAACUUGAUGUAAUAUUAAAACAUGGCCUUAAAACUGAUGCUUGCCCUGCACAAGACUACUGGAAUUUUGUCUUUGGACUGCGCCGUAUCCAACCAGUGCUGGCGCCCUCUAUAGACCAGCUCAGUCGACGGGCAGAGCAGGAGGGUCGCAUCAAGGGGUUGCUGUGGUUACAGGAUAGUCUUGAGAACCAUACUCUCAGUUUCCAGCUCAGGAUGUUAGUCUCAGAAACCAGUCACCUCAGGGAAUUCUACUCAGAUGAUGCCUUCCUGUGCAGCACAGCACAUUCAUCGGCCUUAGACAUCCUGUUACAAGCUGUAGAGCAGAACAAUGCCCGUCUGCUGGCUCAGGUCAAUCCUAACUUGCUUCAAAAGUGUCCUUCCUCUCGAGGUUCUGUAGUUUCACUGGGAAGCCCAAGGCUGUCCAGAACUCCCAUUAUGUCAUUAGAGCAAGAUAUCACACCAAAGCCUAAUCACCAUGCUUCCGACUCUCUCCUCUUUGCCUCCCCGAAGACUGAAUCAGUGGUCCUCGGGACAUCGGAAGACCAGGCCUUUGGACAGAGUCGCGACAUUCGCAGGAAUUCGGCCAAAGAGGCAUUGAAAGCAUUAUUAGAAGGAUACCCCACUGAGGGGUCCAGCGUUGUAGGUGUUGCAACGGGCAACAGAACUGAAGCGUUUGCGACGGAUCCGCUUUUGAAUCGUCCUGCGAUUCCAAUCACGAGGGAGAGUUUCCAAAGACCGCACGGUCUUCUGCGUGUGGAGAGUGAUACUGCCCUCCUGAAGACGUCUGUGUCAAGGAGAAAAUUUGACGAGAAUGAUAAUCGGUUCUCUGCCAAGCGAAAGGGCUCUAGUGGGUUAGCGCAAAACGGGAACAGUGAUCUUUCGCUGAGUUCCGAGAGAGACAGAGGUAUGUAUUGGGAAGAUGCAGGAGAUACAGAAGAUCUAGAUGAUCAAAGUGACAACAACGACAUCCACAGUAAAUUAGUGUUCACGUACGACAACUCACCUUCUUCCUCAAAUUUUGCCAGAACGCUGGACUCGUCCACGGAGGAAAUACCAUCUUCCAAGAGCGCCACUUUGCUUUCAUCGGAAUCUGGUGCAGGCAACAGUCUAGAGCCAGGAUAUCGGACUAAAGAUACCAAAAAUGGAAGCUCGCUAAAUUCAAGCCACCAUUCUCUUCUGCAUUCCAGCAGCGAACAACUUCUCUUUUCCGAGGAGGAGGAAGACCAGUUUGGUUUCCUGGGUGAAGUCGCACGAAGAGGGCGCCAGUUGAAGCCUCUCCACCGGCGGAACAGUGAGGAGCUAGAUGGGGCGACACCGUCCCCACCUCCAGUCCAGCACAAGUACCGGAGACACACUCGCUCUAUGUCGGAUCAAAUCUCCAACGUGAGAGGAGGGUUUAAAGACUCUAUGAGAGACUCUGUUCCAGAGAGAAAAGUUUAUAAUGGAAAGAGGUCAAAAGAUGAUAUUUAUUCGUCUUCUCUUCCGUCUGAACCUCUUACGGCAAGACGAGUAUCAGAUGUUGGUAGUGUCUCUCCCGCGUGUGAUGGUUAUUUCCCCCAACCGAGUCAGGGAGAAUCCCUCUUUACAUUCCUCUCAUCGCAAGACUUUGCUACCUGUCCUGAAGUUGAUAAGGAGAAUGCCCACUUCUGCAUCUCCGAGGCCAUCAUCGCUGCCGUGGAGCAGAUCAAAUGCCGUCAGCUAACCCGACAGACUCCGUCGGACCACGAAUCUGACGGAUCCGACGAGGAGAUCCAGAGACUGAAGCAGAGGAUCCGCCUCAGGCGUACCGAGAAGCGCGAACGUAGACUGCAGUGUGAACAGGACCAAAGCCCUCUUGAUUGUGAUAUUUGGAGCCCAGAGCAUGAUGGCACGGAUUCACCCCAAUUUCUGUCCGAUUCAGAGGAAUCAAUGGAAGAAGCCGAUGACUUUGUAGUGACGGAUACUUCUUUGGACACCAAUCUGGUUGCUAUGAAGACAAAAGGUCUGACUGCAUCACUUGGCUCGCUUUAUUCAGAUGCCGAUCUGAAGAAAGCGAACAAGAUGCACCCCAUCGAGACGGUCAUACCACUUACUAAGAUAGAGCCUUCCUCAUCCCACCAACUCUCUGCGGAAUCCAUAGCACUUUCCCUCAUCAAGAAGUUCUCUUUCCGACAGCUCCCGGCUGCAUCAGAAUUAGAAUGGUUGGUGUCUGAAAAAGAUGCCCCACAACAGCUCUUGCCUUUACCCAAGUCAGUUCCCAUAUCUCCCGAUGAUGGUGAAAAUGCUGACCUCUAUAAAAAUAUGCGUCUCCGUGGAAACCUUGAAUGGGCCCCUCCUCGACCUCAAAUAGUGUUCAGUAUUCACCCUCCUCCAAAACGGAAACAGCUCAUUGCCAAGCAGAACUUCCGCUGUGCUGGUUGCGGAAUGAAGGCAGAAAGGGGUUUCCUGAAGCGGUUGCGGUACUGCGAGUACCUGGGAAAGUACUUCUGCCAGUGCUGCCAUACCAAUGCAUCCUCCCCCAUCCCUAGUCGUAUCCUGAGGAAGUGGGAUUUUAGUCGUUACCCGGUGUCCAACUUCUCGCAAGAGCUCCUGUCCAAGAUCCAGACUGAUCCCGUCUUCAAUGUGGUAGACGUCAACCCUAUUCUGUACAGGAAAGUCAAGCAAAUGCAAGCUGUCAAGGAUUUGCGAACACAAUUAUUCUUCCUGAAAGAUUUCCUUAAGACGUGUAGACUGUGUGACAGUUUGAAAGCAUCAUACGACAGUCAGCCCGGCCACUGGAUGGGCCAGCCUGACCUCUACUCGUUAAGUGACCUUAUCAACGUACGCAGCGGGGAGAUGGAGAAAGCCCUCGCUCAACUGGUUCUCGAUGGUGUUACUCAUGUUAGCCAGUGUCAGCUGUGUCAAGCCAAGGGCUUCGUUUGUGAAUUGUGCAAUAAAGAUGAUAUCAUCUUUCCAUUCCAACUCAACUCUACUUUCCAGUGUUUAGAAUGCUGGGCCUGUUAUCAUACGGUAUGUUUCCUGAAAGGAAGCAAGUGCCCCAAGUGUGAACGCAUCCUCGCAAGACGUGGUGUGAGUGCAGUAAAGACGGAAACCAGCGAUGAAGAUCCACAGAGUUCUUCGUCCAGCUAACAGUGACUCAUAACAUGUUAUCCAUCUCACCUUCAAUAACCAUGGUGGGAAUUCAUCCUAGUGACAUAUCUCAUACCUUAAGGCUUAGACCACAUCAACACCCAGGGUGACCAGAUUUACAAAGUCAAAAUAUUGGACACUUCAAGGUCAGAUCAGUGGCGUAAUGAGCCAAUCAUUUUACGAGGGCUAAACAAGGCAUACGGGGCAAAAUUUCUACAACCUUUUUGAUACUAAAACUACCUUUUCCCCUAGAUCUAUUUAAGAUGAGAUUUCAUUGUGUGAUAAGACGGCAUACAACUGAUAAAGACCAGGGGGGUGUUUCACAAGAGCUAAGUGUGACUUAAGAGUCAUGCUUAAAUGCCGACCUGCAUAUGAUAUGCAACACGCAAUCUUGAUUGCUAUUGAUUAAUACGCAGUAGCGCAUACAUGUAUCUUCUUAGCAUGAUCUUGGUCCCGUUUCAUAAAGACUUGUUACAGUAACAAGUGCAAAAUGUCUAUGACAAAUUUUGAAUCAACCAAUCAAAUUGCAGGAUUUCAGUAGCUUUAAACUGUUAUUGCAAUUUUGUUAUUAUAACAAGCCUUAUGAAACGGGACCCUGACCAGUGCUGAGAUGCUUUUUAUACUGGGAAUUUAAGAGCAAAUGUAGGUCAAACUUAAAUCUUUGUGAACCCCCCCCCCCCCAGUUCUCCAUUAUGUUAGUAUUCAGUAUGGUGAAACUCUGCCUAUCCAUUUCUACAGUAGAAGAAAGGAACAAGUGCUCACUUGAUUAUCGAAUGCUAAACUGAGUUUUUAACCUUAACCAGACUUUUGUUAUAGUAAAAUGUUUUAUGCAACCUCCCCAUAAUGUUUCAGUAGUACCCAUCUUUAAAGGAGAAUGAAACCCUUGAAACCAGCUGAAUCCAUAUCAAAGAGAAAAAUCAAAGAAACAUACUGUUGAAAGUUUGAGGAAGAUUGAAUGAAUAAUAAGAAAGUUAUGAGCAUUCGAAUAUUGAGAUCACUAGUGCCAUGUAGAUCCUCACAACGGCAAUGCGACCAAGAUCUGUGAUAUCAGACACGUACAACUCCCUUAUUACUUUAGUACUUAUUUCACUUAUAUUCUCACUUUUAUAGAGUCUAUCACAAGGUGAGGUGUUCUCUUUAUGAUAUGACAAGUACAGAGGUUUCACAACAUUAUAUCAUUGAUGAAUCGUUUGUCAUAUGAUUAGAAUGAGCAAAAAGAGAUGUUUUGGGGUAUAUUUUCAGUGUCCAAAUGGGAGAGUUGUACGUGUGUGACAUCACAGAUCUUGGUCGCAUUGCCAAUGGGAGGAUCUCCAUAGCAUUAGUGAUCUCGACAUUCAAAUGCUCAUAACUCUUUUAUUGCUAGUCCUAUUUUACUCAAAGUUUUGUUGAUCUUAUUCUUUGAUUUUUCUGCUUUCACAAAAGCUAACUUGCUCCAAGAGUUUAAUUCUCCUUUAAUUUACUCUGGUAAACAUCUCUGAUGAAUUUAACUGCCACCCCAAACGUUUUCAUCCUCUCUCUUGGUGCAUAUACAUGUAAUCAGUCCUAUAUGUUGAAUAUUAAUAUCAACUUAUGUGAAAUUAUUUCCAGACGUUUGUUGGCCCUCUGUUGUAUACUGCCCAACUUUGGCAAAAGGAAGCAAGUGACACAUCAGCCAAAUUUGAGUUAUUGUUGUUUCUGAAACACCCUUUGUAUGUUGCACGUUCAGGCAAAAUUUGUGGAAGAAAUGAUCAUUCUAUGGAAAGAUAUCAAAGAAAAUAUGCUGUUAGAUUGAAUUGACGCCUAUGUAAAUGACGAACACACAUUGCUUAUUUACAACAAACUAUACUUUUGUAACUUGCUUCCUUUUGCCAAAGUAAGGCAGUAUACCCCCCCCCCCACCUCAUGGAACCU